UUUGUGUGUGUAUGUAUAUAUGUAUAUAUAUGAGUCCACAUUUCAAAUUGUUUUUGGAAACUGGACCAAAGAGGAAAAGAACCAUCCGGACUGUUCUAGGGUGAAAGUGUAAAAGGCAGCAUGUGUGAUGGUAUGGGGGUGUAUUAGUGCCCAAGACAUGGGUAACUUACACAUCUGUGAAGGCACCAUUAAUGCUGAAAGGUACAUACAGCUGUUGUUAUCAUGGACGCCCCUGCUUAUUUCAGCAAGACGAUGCCAAGCCAGGUGUUACAACAGCGUGGCUUCAUAGUAAAAGAGUGCGGGUACUAGACUGGCCUGCCUGUAGUCCAGACAUUGCAAAUGUGUGGCGUCUAAAAUAUGAGAAGGGAGACUGUUGAACAACUUAAGCUGUACAUUAAGCAAGAAUGGGAAAGAAUUCCACUUCAAAAAUGUGUCUCCUCACUUCCCAAACCUUUACUGAGUGUUGUUCAAAGGAAAGGCCAUGUAACACACUGGUAAAAAUGCCUUUUUUGCCAUGUGUUGCUGCCAUUACAUUCUAAAUUAAGGAUUAUUUGCAAAAAAGAAAGAAGUUUCUCAGUGUGAACAUGAAAUAUCUUGUCUUUGCAGUCUAUUCAAUUGAAUAUAAGUUGAAAAGGAUUUGUUGUAUUCUCUUUUUAUUUACCAUUUACACAACCUGACAACUUCACUGCUUUUGGGGUUUGUACAAAAGUAUUCACAUUAUUUGUUCAAUACUUAGUUGAUGCACCUUUGGCAGAAAUAACAGCCUCAAGUCUUCGUGAAUACCAUGUCACAAACGUGGCACACCAAUGUUGGCAUCACCUCUCUGUCACUCAACUCUCUUGUUCGACUCUUUUAAAAAAAAAUUUAAAAAAGUGAUUCCAAUUGUUUUUGUGCUGAUAUUUCCUGGAGUAUUUUUGGCAUCCAGCCCAAAACUAAGAUUGUUGUGUUCAUAUGUUGCAACAGCAUUAUCAUCUUUAACCCUUCACUUGUUGCUACCUCCUCUCUGUGACUCCAAACUCUGUCACACUAUUUUGUGCUGAUACUUGGCAUGUGUAAAUGUCACAGUUCAAGUGUUUUUCAGGCCCUACCAGGAAGAAGUGCAGAGAAAACACAACACCCCCCCAGGCUGAAGAAUAACCAGGAGAGUUCCGACAAGGAAGUAAAUGCAAAUUUACUUCUUUUUUUUUCUUUUCUUCCUUGUAGUGCUUUGUAGCGACUUCCUGCUAUGAGUAAUCAUGACAGCAGCUGAGACGGACGGGCACACUCCACUUCUCUUCUGAUACUUGGACAUCCGCUGCCAUGGAGAUGAAACAUAUUUAAGGAGGCCAGAGGAGAGCCACAAACCCACCUGGAGCCCCAACAAGUCUGUGGUCUGCGCCAUGGACCAGCACGCCAAAGUGGAGCGCUUCCUGAAGCUGGGCUACUCCCGGCAGGACAUAGUGAGGGUGCUGGAGAGCCUCCACCAUGACGCCCAGACCAAUGACAUCCUAGAAGAACUCAUCAAGACCUGCCACAUUCGCCAUGACAAGGGCAGCGCUAAACUGGUCCCCAGAGGCUGCGGACCCAGGCCCCCUAGACCUGUACCGGACAAGGAGCCUGCUUCCUGUUUCAGACCAGUGGUUAUAGAUGGAAGCAACGUGGCCAUGAGCCAUGGCGACAAGAAGGUGUUCUCCUGUCAGGGCAUUCAGAUGGCCGUGAAGUGGUUCUGGGAUAAAGGCCUCCGAAACAUCACCGUGUUCAUCCCCCUGUGGAGGAAGGAGCAGCCGCGGCCUGAGGCCCCCAUUGCAGACCAACACAUCCUGCAUGAGCUGGAGAGGAGGAACAUCCUGGUGUACACACCCUCACGCUGUGUCAACGGCAAGAGGGUGGUGUGCUACGACGACCGCUUCAUCGUCAGGUUGGCCUUCGACUCGGACGGCAUCAUCGUGUCCAACGACAACUACCGGGACCUGCAGACCGAGAACCCACACUGGAAGAAGUUCAUCGAGGAGAGGCUGCUGAUGUACACCUUUGUUAGUGACAAGUUCAUGCCUCCUGAUGAUCCUUUGGGUCGAAAUGGUCCCACUCUUGAUGAUUUCCUGCUGAAGAAGCCAAAGAAUGUGGACAACAAACUGCAACAUUGUCCUUACGGUUACAAGUGCACUUAUGGAGUCAAGUGCAAGUUCUACCACCCAGAAAGAACCAACCAGUCCCAGCUGUCUGUGGCCGACGAGCUCCGGGCGCAGAUUGACAGAGCCAAGACCUCAAGUCUGAAAGAGAUGGACUCGCACCUCAGCCCUGGUGCGUACCAGUCUGAGCGCACGUCCAGCACCCCCGCAGACCUCUACCACAGAGACCACCUGGGGCAGCCUGGCCCAAACCUGGAGGUGGACGAGGCCUUCGGCUCCAUGGACAGCUCCAUGUCCAAGGUCCACAUCCACAGCUACAGCAGCGGUGUGGCCAGCUACCUGAGCCAGGACUCCUUGUCAGGGUCUCACUACUACACCCAAGCUGCCCAGGACUCCUUCCCGGGGUCUCACUACUACACCCCCCUGGUCUACAGCUCUGUCUGCACCUGCUGCAUGGGUGUAGGCCAGCAGGCCAGGGGGUCCCACGGCCACCCUGCAUGGUCCUCCUGUCCCCCCCUGCCCCCAGACCACGCCUCGCACUUGGCAGAGGAACCCCAGUCCAGGCAGACCAAGUCCAGCCACGGCUUGCCCAGAGACUCUCAGGUCCACGGGAAGACCAAGGAGCAGCGCAGGGAGAUGAGGAGCAGGCUGAGCACGCUCUUCCCCAAGGAGACUGUGGAUCGAGUCAUGGACGCAUACCCUCACGUGUCGGACUUGUUUGAACUGAUAUCACUCAUCAGGAACAACAUCUGAAUCUAGUCCCUCCCCCAAGUCCUGGUGUCACAAUAUCUAGUCCCUCCCCCAAGUCCUGGUGUCACAAUAUCUAGUCCCUCCACCAAGUCUUGGUGUCGCAAUAUCUAGUCCCUAGUCCUCCUCCACUAAAAAAAAUCCAGUUCCAACAUCCUUUACUGAGCAGAAGUGUUUGGACUAUGAAACCAAAAUCACACGUGGAUUCUUCUUCUCUGCUUUGGUAUUUAAUGUGUGCGGCCAUAGGGCAGGUGACCCACGUGGCCAUAGGGCAGGAGACCCCAAGUUCCAUUGCAGGGUCAAUCCUUGGUGAAGAUGUGGGUAACCCCCCCCCCUAGAGGGGGGGGGGGGUUACCCACAUAUGCGGUCCUCUCCAAGGUUUCUCAUAGUCAUUCACCGACGUCCCACUGGGGUGAGUUUUUCCUUGCCCGUAUGUGGGCUCUGUACCGAGGAUGUCGUUGUGGCUUGUACAGCCCUUUGAGACACUUGUGAUUUAGGGCUAUAUAAAUAAACAUUGAUUGAUUGAUUGAUGUCCCAUGAGGAUCUUUCCCAAAGGUAAAGGUGUGUUCUUCCUGGACCUGCACGGCACUUGCAGGGUACUUUCACACAGAACACCGGCUCAACACUAUUCAGUGGCAUUCAAUAUAAAACUGCUACUUUUUCCCAACGCUUUGAAUCCCGCGGCUAAUUUAUGGACCCUUCAUAAUGUUUUGUAUUCACCAAAUAGUUGUCAUAAACACCGACACUGGAAAGGUGUGUUACGGUUUGUGUUGUGGCGCCAUCUUUUGGACGAGUUCGCUAACUGCAGGCGGGUUGAAAAUGGACUUCCCGUUUCACGCCUUGAACCGGAGGUAAAACCGUCGGUAGGAUUCUUUAUUCGUCACUACCAAGCGACGUUUGUAAGUUUUACAAUAUAACUCAAACUAUUCAUACUUACUAAACUGUCCCGUGUGUGAUGUCUGUAGGCGUGUUGUCAUGCGUAUUUAUACGUGUUAUCGUAAUGUAAUGUAAUCAAGCUAACGUCGUUAGCAUUAGCGAAUAUGCGAACAUGUUUACGAGUGUCUGUAUUAAUAUUAUUAACUUUCGUAUUGUUUCAGUUUCGUAAAUCCACCAAAACGUCACCGUGGCGUUAUUGAGUCUGUUUAGCUGAUUGGUGGGUCCAUACUUCUGUUUUGUUUCAUCAGCCAUUUUACUGCCUUGUUACAGACACCCUUUAAAAACAAUAUAUCUGCGGUGCGACUAAUAUAUGUAAACAUGUUAUUUUCUUCUGAAAUCUGGUGGCUUAAAUACUGAUGUGCUCUCCAGUCCUGAAAAUAGAAUAUUCUACGUGAGCGCAACAAAAAAUAUUCACAAGUCAAAUUUGUGUGAUAUGUAAUAAUAUAUCUAAUCAAUAACGAAUGAAUUGAAAUGUUCCCAUAUGAAUCGUGUAUAAUGUCAAAACCGAGCCAAAAAUGAGCCCCCCGGCCGGCCACACUUUGGACUUCUUUAGCAAGUUGACUUUUUUCAAGCAGCUUUGAAUUGUUUUGAAUACAAACAAAUUCCAUGAAGUUGUUUUUGUGUAAAAAAAAAAGUUAAAAACUUGGUUGUUCAUGUUGAUUUCUUUGUUGUUCAACUGGUAAUGGCUUUAACGUGUUGCUAUUUCUAAGCUUUUUAGGACGUUUAAAGUGCAAUGCACUGUGCUCCCGACAUGCUACUUCCUGUAGCUUUUCAAAUUAAAGCAGCAAGUGUUGUUUUCUCAUGUUGCCUCAAAGUGAGGAAUAAGAUAUUGCGUGUAAUAUAUGUAAAGGAGGAUGUAUCUUCAUGA